AUGUCGAAAACGGAAGCUCAGGAUAGGUUCGUUCAAUCACUGCUACAAAUUUGUCCUCAAUUCGCGGCUCAUCUUGAAGCAGCUGAUACUAUGCACUGUCAAAAAGACGCUGAAGAGUCUCAAAUCCGCAAUGCCCUGAACGCCCAAACCUUGGAGCAAUUCAAGACCUAUGCUGCUCAGUACUAUCCUGACGACGAGACCAAGCAAUUGACCCUGAUCAAGCAACUCCAGGAUCGUCAUUUUCACCAAUACAUGAUCUAUGUAGCAGGACAUCCCUCAGCUCAAUCCGCGGCUAUCUCUGAAGAAAGUACCUCGCAAGCAUAUUCAGAUGCACAGUCUGCGUCGCAAAAAUCAUCAGGCGAUAGACAAAACGAGGAAUGCAGCCGAAACCAAGAGUCAGUGGAUCCCACUUUAACUAGAGCGGGAACUCCCAGUUCUCUCGAAGGCUCUCAUCUCACCGCUGUUCCCAAACAACCACCUACUGGUGACCUCAUAGUCCCCAUUCCCGACGGAACUGGUAAAUUGACGGCCCCACAAAUGUGGACGAGGAAAGAUAUUGCAGAGUUUAAAUCGCUCCUUUCCAAAGACCCUGAGGCUGUCGUCCGUGUAGGAAGUGGAGAGUUGGUUACGAUUCGUGUCCCGGUAGUUUCAUCUGCUAACUGUCUUGUGUGGGAAUUCGCCACUGAUGACUAUGAUAUUGGAUUUGGUCUUUACUUUGAAUGGGCUGAGGCAACCGUGGAGCUUGAAAGCACACCCGCAAACGGCAGUGGACAAACUCAAGCGAAGGAGGCAUCUUCGGCGACACCCUGGAACCUUAUCCAGGGAUUCUCCCAGCCACCAGUAGAUAAUGGUAAAGCCUACGAUAAGGUGGAUGAGCUAAUUCCAGUUUACAGGAGGACCUCACACACUGAAGUUUACUGCGGUUCUCAUGUUUACCCCGCGUCUGGGGGUACAUACCUUCUAAAAUUUGACAACACAUACUCCAUCUGGCGGAGCAAAGUCUUGUACUAUCGCGUUUACUGCGCACAGUAA